AGCUUGGAUUGGAACUAUAACUUGUAAUGCGUAACUACGAGUUCUGUCAUUUUUUUGCUUUUAAAGAUGGAUUAAUUUCAGAGAAUUUGAGAAUUACAAUCAUGUACCAAAUAAUUAGCUUAGUAUGAUCCCUUUGUAUAUUUUUCUUGACUUGGAAGCAGCACAUGGCGACAUUUUCUUUGGUGAUAUAAUUGAAAUUGCUGCACAGGUGGAUACAAGGCUUCUGAGGAAUGAAGUGUUUCAUCGUUUAAUUAACACAAAACAAAGCCUUGCAUAUUUCGCUCUCACUGUUAGCAAGAUUAGAAAAGAAAUGUUAGAAGAUAAACAGUAUUUUCCAGACGUGUUUCUCAACUUCAUGCAGUGGAUAUUAAACGUUACGAAAAAAUGCAGUAAGAAGUUCGACAAGUCCUAUUAUCCUGUGCUUGUGGCACACAGUGGCUUCAAUAAUGAUUUUAUGAUGAUUCAAAGUAACUUAGAGAGGAAUGAAAUGGAUGUUGAAAUGUUGUCAAAACAUGACGUACAUUUUGCUGACACUUACGUACUUGCACAAAAGCUUAGAAGUCGUGGAGUGGAUUGUCUAAAGGGAUGUCAAUUGUCUAUUGAGAAGUUGUACACUAGGCUGUUUCCCAAGAAAAAAUUGGUCGGACAACAUCGCGCACUUCCUGAUGUCAGAUUUAUGAUGGAGAUCUUUCUGGAAUCACCUUUACGAGAAUAUUUUGACAAAAUAGACAUUGUGUCUUUUGAUAACAGAAAAAAUGAUUACAACUCCAAAAAUACUUCAAAAGAAGAAUGCAAAGUUUUAAAUGAUAAUUUACCAGAAGGGAUGGCAAAAGUAACGCACACAAUGACGUUGAAGCGUUUGUUACGAAAUGGAUUAACUUAUACUAGGUUACAAGAUCUAUUCAAAAGUUCCAUAUCAUACUUAGAUUUUUAUGACAAACUAAAUGAUGUUUGUGUCGAUAGGAAAGCAGCAAAAGCUAUCGCAUCUCGACUUUCUUCAAUGGGCUUGCAAUGUGAAGGUGGUUUGACUGAAAUUAAGAACAGUGAAGAAGUCCAAGUUUCUAAUGAAUUAAAUGAGAAAUCGCAUCACAAAAUGGCAAGAACUGAUUCAGGAUAUGAAUCUUUUGAUGGCUGUGACAUGCAAGAUAUGUUUUCAAACAUGUUUUCAGAUGACUUCUUUUGUCCACCAGAGCAUUACGAAUACACAUUUGGGUCAUUUACACUGAAAGAAAUCGAAGAUAUGGAUAAUUAUAUUGACAGUUUGUUCUUGGAAAGAAAUUCAAAAGUUAAAAAAAAUACGGAUGAGACAGGUAAUCCUCAAAGCGAAAAUAAGUCCAAAAUAAUAGAGAAGAAAAGUAUUGUAGAAUUUAAAACGAUGGACGAAACACCCAAACCUGCAGCUAUUGAUUCUGUUGUAACUGACAUUUCAGAAAACUGGGACAAUGAAGUUCAACAAGAUUUUACGGAGUAUUUAAUUCCAGCUGAUCGUGGCGUUCUCGCCAAAGUUGUUCCCAUUGGAAUGACAAUGGAUGAUCUGAAUGGUGAAUCUUUUUCUGCAAAAGUACCUUUAUUUAAACAUUUCGAAGAAGGUAAUUUAGAUUUGAGACCUCAAGGUGGAAUUCCAAAGCCAAAAGGCAAACAUGCUCGAAAAAAUCGUCGCCGUACAAUUCGUGAGAACAAAAAUGCUGUCAAAGAAAAUUGUGGCGUUAACAGUGACGAACGAGUUGUGCAAGCAAAGACAGGAGAAAUGUUUGUGUUGAUAUGACAUUCUAGAUGUUGGGUUUUUUAAUGCUUUUUUGCUGAGAGGCUGAGAAGGCUGUAUUUGUAGUUUAUUUGUAAACAAUUUUAAAUAAUGAUGGGUCAUGCUUGACGUUAAUCACGUGAUAAAAGAAAUCGACAAAAAGUGAUGUUUUUAAGGAAGAUUUAUGUAUUGAUCAUUUACAUGUACAUGUCAGUUAAGAAAGAUUCGUUUAUAUUGUUAUAAUA